GCAGCCGCUGCCGCCGCCGCCGCCGCUGCCUGAGCUGCCGAGCCCCAGGCCGCCGCGCCGACCGCCGCCGCCAUGAACAUCUUCCGGCUGACGGGGGACCUGUCCCACCUGGCGGCCAUCGUCAUCCUGCUGCUGAAGAUCUGGAAGACGCGCUCCUGCGCCGGUAUUUCUGGAAAAAGCCAGCUUCUCUUUGCACUGGUCUUCACAACUCGUUACCUGGACCUUUUUACUUCAUUUAUUUCAUUAUAUAAUACAUCUAUGAAGCUCAUCUACAUUGCCUGCUCCUAUGCCACAGUGUACCUGAUCUACAUGAAAUUUAAGGCGACCUACGACGGAAAUCAUGACACCUUCCGAGUGGAGUUUCUGGUGGUCCCUGUGGGAGGCCUCUCCUUCCUGGUCAAUCAUGAUUUCUCUCCUCUGGAGUACUCAAGGGAAAGAAACUCAGUCUGCCAGCGUAAGUGCCAAAGACCGUCACCAGCAUCUGUCCUUCAGGGUGCUCGGACAGAAUUCUUACCACAGCAAAGGCACAAGAUGCUUGAUACGGAAAAUCAGAAACUUAACUCUUUCGUUGCAGAUAGUCAUCAGUGGCUCUGUAAGAACCCAGAGGAAAAGAACCAGAAGGUUUCUGUUUAAUGCAUCUUGCCUUAUCUUUUUUUAUUACUAUGUACAAAGAUUUUUUUACACAAAGAAACUUAAUGCUGUAUGAAUAAAUUCAGUGUGUAGCUUCAAUUGGGGUAGUUCCAAAAGUGAAGAUUUUGUGAGGAAUAAGUGCAAACUUUUUUUUUUUUUUCUUUGAAACUGUUGAUUCUUUGUGUCUGCAAUGAAAUUGUACUCCUUGACAGUUGGUAGAUUAUAUAUUCUUCCAUCUAUCAAAUUUGCAUUCCACUAUAUUUAUUUUUUGCCAAAAGAUGAGUUAUAUUUGUUUGAAAUCUGAGACACUAUGUUCAAUCUGGUCUAUCUUCGUUCAAAUCUCUUCCCACCGAAUGUGGAAAUCCUUCCUUGGACGUCACAACACUACAUGUAAGGCCGGUAAGGAUGACUCACAAGCUUAUGGUUUUCAUUACCAAAAUUUUCAGAUUCUGAAUGUAGAUGGAGUCUCGUUUAAGAGUCACCAAAGGUGCCUGCCCCACUCUCUUGCUAAGAAGAGUGACUUUGAGAUUGUUCCAGGGGUGUCAGAGAACUUGGGGGGGCAGGGGUUCUGGGCUGCUUGCCAUCUAAUGUGGGGUGUGAGGGAUAUUAAUGAUUAUGUUGGAUCUAGGACUCUACUCCUCUGAGGACUGGAACACAAGUUAGUCACCUAUCACUUGAAUUAACAGUUCCAAAAGAUUACUACAACCAUGUCCCUGCUCAGAUUCAAAAGGUUUUUCGUAUCACUUUCAGGUAGUAAAAUUAUUUACAUUUUUUUCUUAAUUGGCAGCACUAAUUGCCAUUCCUUAUACUCUCUGAUUUUGUUUUUGUUUUGUUUUGUUUUGACUGAGCUCUUGCAUGAUUUGUCUUGUGUUACCAUCCUAAAUAAACAUUUUAUUAAAUGUAGAAUAAAUUGUCUUUUUUGUGUGUGAAUUAGGCUGUUGGAACAUCCUAUGUCAGGAUGAUUUUUUUUUUUUCAUUUUUCAAUUGGCAACAGAAGCUCCCUAUGGGGCCGCAAACGUUUAUUGUCCACAAAUUAAUCUAAAACUUGCUGUAUUUUGAGGGAAAAUUAUAAUUUUUCCUCCUGAUUUUGCCAUUUUAUUGAUUUGCUACAUUUUUUUGAUUUGUGCGAAAGCAUAUGAGUUUGUUUUUAUGUGACGCACCAUAAAUGUUAAAGUGUUGAAUACUAACAGUGCUUACUACAAGAAGGCUGUAGUAUUUUUGCUUGCUGCAUUAAAAUAUCUUGUGGAAGAAGGGAGCUAGAUGGGUUUUAUUUUUAUCUAGUGUGUCUCUUAACAUCUUUCUAAAUUGGCAGUGUGACUGCAUAGUUGAGCCUCUUGUCUCGAUCUCUCACCCUCCCCCCCACCUCAUGGUUGUCCUUUUGUGUAUCUGUAUCUUCCCAGCAUUCUCGUCUCGGUUUAGUUUCUGUUUUCAUCCUCCUUAAAAGAUUCUGAGAUCUUGGAGGAAGGGUAGGAAAUCUCAGCAGAGCGGAGCAGACUGUGACCCACACUGGGGGCGGGGUGGGGGGCUCACAAGGUUUCUGUGCAUGUAAAUUAAACACGAGCUGGGAUCAUUGUGGGAGAGCACAAUGCGGACGACAAGGAUCUGGGACCUCAGCGGGCUGCCCGACUUUGGAAGCACCAGUGUCUUCUCUAGUCAUUCUGCCCAUGUAAAAGUGAAGCUGGCUAAGGUGUUACCACCAUUCUGUGGCCAACCAGGGUGACAUCUUAAUAAACUGGGUGGCCGAGUGGGAGUGCGGGACUGGGGCAGCGUCCUCACACACAUAGAAAACAAAGGCCUUGUAUGAUGCGCCUUACAAAGCACUGUUUCAAAGUUCUUUUCACUUCUCCAAUAAAGGUUGUCAGGUAAUGAA